CGCUCGCACCAUGUUUUCGCGCAACGGAGGGCACCGAGCGAGUGGGAAGGAAGGACUCGAGAGCAGCUUGGGACCGUUUGCCCCUUCUUCAUUAGCAGCAAAAUCUAGUUCGCCAUGCUGACUGCCGAAAGUCAUUCAGUGCCAACCUCGUCCAGAGUGGCAAUCGUCACUGGUGCCAACAGCGGUGUAGGGUACGGCAUAGUGCAGCGACUUUUGGAGCAUGCUCUCGACCCGCGAAAUGAACCGUUGACGAUUGUCAUGGCCUGUCGGAAUAGGUCUAGAGCAGAAGCAGCGCGGGCCAAACUUUUGGCUCAGUAUGCUUCGAAAGAUAUGAAGGAGAAAGCAAUGAUGGCGGAAAGUGCAUUGCAAAUCUUGAUUGUAGAUCUAUCAUCGACCAAGAGUGUUUUCGGAGCCUGUGAGGAGUUUAAGCGUAGAUUUUCCCGCCUCGACUACCUUAUCCUCAAUGCAGGAAUUCUCCCUUGUGAUCACAUGAACAUCAAAGAGGGCCUCAAAAACCUGUUCACCCGACCCGCGUAUGUCGCGAAAACAGGAGGUGACUUCUUUUCUCAACGACAAGGAACUGUUACCGCCGAAGGACUGGGAGAAGUGUUUGCCGCGAAUGUUUUUGGCCAUUACAUCAUGAUCAAGGAACUCGAAGAAUCCAUGCGUGGAUCACCAUGUCCUCGUAUCCUUUGGUUCAGUUCCACUACCGCAAGCCCAGAGUUCUUUACAGCGGCCGAUUUCCAAUGCGUUCGCGGAGACCAUCCCUAUGAAUCCUCCAAGCGUCUUUGCGAACUUCUUGCGAUUGAUAUGCAUGAUGAGCUUAAACAACGAAAUAUUUACUCAUUCGUAGUCAGCCCUGGAAAUUGCUUUACCGGCUUGCUUGAUCAAGGUUGGAUCAUUGCCGCCUGUUGGGUUGGUGUUUUAUACCUGAUGCGCUUUCUCUUCAUAUCUGGAUGUAAUAUAACACCUCGCAAUGGCGCCACCUCCGCCUUUUAUCUGGCAUGUGAAGUGGAGAAUCCUACCGCCCUGGAUCCGACUAAGCUUUACCAUGCGGACAUAUCACCCCUCGGACGUCGCUAUGUCCGCGAGCUAACAUUAGCAGCAGAAGAUUCAAAGGCAGUAAGAUCGGUCCGUCGGGAAAUGGACGAGUUAUGGAGGAAAUUCAGGGCAGUGGCGGUGAGAGACGGAAUUCUGGCGCGAUGACGGAUGAUGGUAUCUGAUGGAAGGAAUGAAUGUACUCUAAAAUUUAGUUAAUUCGGUACCAGUAGGCUUUCCGGUAGGGGAAGUGCGGCUUUGUUUUCAUAGUCAUUAAUAGAUAUAGUAGAACACAAAGAAUCUCGACUUAUCAAAAGAAUUUCAC